GCAGCCAUUAGAGGUCUCUAGGAACCAUUUUAGGCUAUACUUGUGGUGAAUCUCUCUCUUUCAAUCUUUUUAUUUUAUUUUAUUUUUACUUUCCUGUUAUCUAAUAGUGUUUUGAACCGAUUCGAUUCGUGAAGCCUUGUGCUUUGAUCGUGUUAAAGUUAUAUGAUUUCGGUAUUUUCAUCUGUGUAACUUAUUGUCCACGAGUGAUGGAUCCAUUCGAUGGAAGUUAGGAUUUAUUUUUUUUGUUUGACCAUGUAUGUUUUUUUCUUUUUGUUUUCUUGUGUAUUUUAUGUUACGCGUAAGCUUAUCAUCGUUUUUCAGAUCUUGAGAUUCGUGCGAGAAGAUAACUUUCUUGGAAAUAUUUGACAGGGUGACCAGAAGAAAAAUGGAAACAGAAGAUGAUCUGUGUCAGAACAACUGGGGAAACUCUUCUUCUUCCAAAUUGCGUGAGCCGGUAUGCUUCACGUCUCAGCACAAGUGGGAAGAUGCUUCCAUCUUGGAUUACGAGAUGGGUAUGGAGGAGGAGCCUGCUUUGCAAGUUUUCGACCACAUGAAAGCUUCUUCAGGCCAAGAACACAACAACAACAACAACGGUGGUCAAGUUAAUGUUGAUUUCCUCCAAGGCGUCAGGGCUCAAGCCUGGGAUCCCAGGACGAUGCUGAGCAACUUAUCUUUUAUGGAAGAGAAGAUUCACGAGCUGCAGGAUCUUGUUCAUCUGAUCGUUGGUGGAGGUCGUCAAGACCAGCAGCAGCAGCAGCAUAUAACGACUGAUCUUACUUCCAUAAUCAUACAGCUGAUUUCAACUGCAGGUAGUCUUCUUCCAUCUGUUAAGCAUAAUAUGUCUACAGCCCCCGGUUCAGCCUUGUUCCCUUAUCCAAGGGAGGCUAAUAACCUUGCUUCACAGACCUUAAACAACAACAGCAACAACAACCUUGCACAAGAUUUCGAUUUGCCUAAGCCCACUAUUGUUCAAGAGAGGGAAAGCCAUGUUGUAGAAGAACAUGAAAUGAAGGACGAAGAUGAUGUGGAGGAAGGAGAGAACCUUCCACCCGGUUCUUACGAGAUAUUGCAGCUUGAGAAGGAGGAGAUUCUCGCGCCGCACACUCACUUCUGCACCAUAUGUGGCAAGGGUUUCAAGAGAGACGCCAACCUGAGGAUGCACAUGAGAGGGCACGGAGAUGAGUACAAAACUCCAGCCGCUCUGGCUAAACCCAACAAAGAAGCCGUACCCGGGUCUGAGCCGACGCUGAUCAAAAGGUACUCCUGCCCAUUCCCGGGUUGCAAACGUAACAAGGAUCACAAAAAGUUCCAGCCUUUGAAGACGAUACUAUGCGUGAAGAACCACUAUAAACGCACCCACUGCGACAAAAGCUUUACUUGCAGCCGAUGCCAUACCAAGAAAUUCUCUGUCAUUGCGGACCUCAAAACACACGAGAAACACUGCGGAAAAAACAAGUGGUUAUGUUCAUGUGGGACAACAUUUUCAAGGAAGGACAAGUUGUUUGGUCACAUUACUCUGUUCCAAGGACACACGCCUGCCAUCCCACUUGAAGAGUCAAAGCCUUCAGCGCAGAGAGGGAGCUCUGCUUGCGAGAACAACACAGGAAUGGUUGGUUUCAAUCUUGGUUCUGCAAAUCAAGAAAGCCCACAGCCUGGAUUCAUGGAUGGGAAGAUGAGUUUCGAGGAGUCGUUCUCGCCGCUGUGCUUUGAUACAUGCAACUUUGGAGGUUUCCAUGAGUUCCCACGACCUAUGUUUGACGAUUCUGAGAGUUCAUUUCAAAUGCUUAUUUCAAGUGCGUGUGGUUUCUCGCCCAGGAAUGGUGGUGGUGGAUCCGUUUCAAAUACUAGCCUCUAAAGCAUUUGCCAUAUAUGUUAAAGCUAUCUAAGGUGCUCUAGCUAUAUGUUAUUUUUCUAGAAUAAUAUCAGGAGGAAAGCAUAAAGUGGAUUUCCUUUUCUUAAGGAUGUAAUAUAAGAAAUUUAGAUUCUAUUUUUUUUUUCUUACCGUUAAUGCUUCACAUUGGUGGAACCAACAGAAUUUUAGAAAACGAUAACCAAUAACUCUUUGAAAUUUAUGUAAUACCAACAAAUU